GGUGGUAGGAGUAACGAAUCUCGAGAGUCGGCAAUAUGGCCGGCCAGAUGUGCAGUAGCAGGGUGUCACGGUGGUGUUAGUGCCGCGCGUUAUUUAUGUCGAACUACCGAAAGUCUUGUCCGAAUCUCGCGUGUUUUCAUGGGAUCGGUGAUAUACUUUGUAGAAGCAGGAAUAACGCUUGCACGAGGGCAUAGCACACGCUUCCCGGCCAAGCAAAUAUGAACGAAGUGAGCAUAUCAUCCGCUCGGGCGGCGGUGAUGGUCUACGACGACGUCAACAAAAAAUGGAUACCGAGUGGUACCUCGGCAGGACUUUCCAAGGUCCAGCUAUAUCACCAUCAGGUGAACAACACCUUCCGCGUCGUUGGAAGAAAGUUACAGGAUCACGAGAUCGUUAUCAAUUGCGCCAUCCUUAAAGGACUGAAAUAUAAUCAAGCAACGGUCACGUUCCAUCAAUGGAGAGACAACAAGCAGGUUUACGGACUGAAUUUUUCUAGUAAGGACGAUGCCGACGCUUUUGCGACUGCUAUGCUUCAAGCUCUUGACGUGCUAAGCAACGGAAGCAACAUAUCAAGAAGUCUGGGUCCGGCAGUCGCACCGACGACUCAGCAGCAACCUGUUUAUCAGCAGCAGCAGCAGCAGCAGCAGCAGCAGCAACAACAACAGCAACUACAACAGCAGCAACAACAGCAACAGCAGCAGCAGCAGCAACAACAGCAACAGCCGCAGCAACAACAACAGCCGCAGCAGCAGCUGGCGAAUGCUCAGUACGAGGAGGACAUGGGAUACAGUCAAGGUCAUAGCGCGCGAGUCUCCUUGUCUUUGGGCCAUCUUCCUGCCGGGGGCCAAACGGGUCUCUCCGUGGGGCCCCCGACACCAACCCCCAGUCAUCAUCCAUCCGUUAGUAACGCCGUCACCACCGUCAUUCAGGUGGGCUGUUCGCGUGGCUCACCGGCCGAGGGACUCACGAGGACUAUGACCAGAGAAGACGUGGCGAUCAUUCAGGAGCGUAGAAUGUCCCAACAGAGUCAAGUAUAUGGAGGAUUAGGGCGUUGGUUUAAAAAAGGAAAUAAAAAAGAAAGAAAGAAAGAAAGAAAGAGAUUCGCUAGAACGUUGAAACGCUUCUAUACAGCAACGAACAGUCCGAGCGCCAUUUCACCGAGCUGUCCGCCAACGACGCAACAGCAGCAGCAACAGCAGCAACAGCAGCAGCAACAAUCGGGUCAUCAUAGAACGUCGUCCGCACCACCGGCGCCGCAACCUCAACAGCAGCAACAAGCCGCUCAACAGCAGACGCAACCGCAACAGCAGCCGGCGAUUCAGGGGAUGCAAGGACCGAUAGUCUCUACGGCCGGUGGUCCUUUAUCCGCUGGCGGAGGUGGACCUCCGGUACCACCACCGCAACCACCCGCGGCACCACCCGCUCCUCCGUGUCCGCCGUCUAUGAUAAACUUCAAUGCACCCGUACCGCCACCCCCGAUGAUGAUAAAUCAGUACGCACAAUCGCCAUCCUCCCAAACGCAAUCUCAAACGCAAUCGAUCUACGCGGCACAGAAUCAGGGUAAUCAGUACGGCGGAGGAGCGCCCGGUAACAAUCAGUAUUCGAAUCCAAACGUUACCGGAUCCGUCGUGGUCGUAGGUCAGAAUCCGAAUCAGUACGCGUCUGCCGGUCAGAACAGCUUUUACGGGAACAACGGACAGGGUAGUAACGUGUACGGUAGCGGUGGUCAGGCUGGUCAGACCAGUCAGACCAAUCAGUAUGCUGUGGUCGGCGGUCAGGGUACGCAAUACGGUGCCGGUGGCGGUAGCGGCCCUAACAAUCAGUACGCGAGCAACAGUUCGAUCGUUCAGUACGCCGCCGGUACAGCUUCGGCGGCUAGCCAAUACGCUGCUGCCGCCGUUGCCGCUGUGGUAGCUCAGCAACAAGGCCAAACGCAGUACGGUGUCGUGUCGCAACCACAGCCACCGUCUUACGUUACCGGACAAGUGCAGGCUGUCGCCAGCGCGAAUCCUUAUGGUACCCCCUCGAAUUCGGUGAACCAGUAUGCCAGCGGAGGACACCACGCGGUCGCUGCUAACGCUUAUGCUCCACCACCGCCUCCCAUGGUACCAUUGGCGGCUGGUCCCGCUGCUCCACCUCCACCUCCUCCUCCACCCGCGCCUAAUGCAAGUAAUCCCUCGAAUCUUUCCGCUUCUUCUUCUUCCGUUUCGACCGCCCCCGUCGUCGUAUCCUCGUCCUCUUCGUCCACCGUGACCACAAACAACGAUCCACCGCAACCGGAUGCCAAUUCUCUCGCUGCGGCCCUACAGGCUGCCAGGCUUAAGAAAAAGCAGCAGCAAACGCAGCCCGUCGAAAAUAGUGGUUCGAGUACCAGCAGUAGCGGAAGCGGAGGAGGUGGUGGCAAUUACGGGACGCUGGGAAGAGGCGGAGGUGGCGGAAUGGCUUCUAUGAUGGACGAGAUGGCGAAAACGCUGGCACGUAGACGCGCUGCCGUUGAGAAGAAGCAACCUGAACAACCACCGGAACCCGAAAGUUCGCCCGACAAGAAGUCUUGGGAUAAGAGCAGUUCGUCAAACAAUAAAUUUUCUAACGGAGCCGAAUCACCAAAGUCGGUUCGAAAAAGGUUUGGUUCCGCUUCCGAGGACACGCUUCUCAAAGUUAAUGGCGUUAACGAUGGUUCCUCAUUGACGGCACAAGAAAUGGAGGCAUUUAAAGCGGAGAUAAUUAAGGAAGUGCGCAAAGAGUUUCAAAAGAUGAAGCAAGAAAUAAUCGAUGCGGUAAGAACAGAACUGAGUAGAAGGUAAAAGACGACGAACGAAACUAAUCCGCACGACUAAAGGAUAUAAGGACGAGAAGAGGAGAGGAGACAGUGAAGGAGAGAGAAAGAGAGAAGAAAAGAGGGUGAGAAAGGGUGGGAGAGAGUAGAGAGAGAGAGAGAGAGAGAGAGAGAGAGAGAGAGAGAGAGAGAACGAGAGAGAAACGAAAGAUUUGAUUAGAUGAUAGCACGACCGAAGCAUUAUCGACAUUCACACAUACAGGUUUUUAUUACAUAUUUGCGAGAACGCAGUGUAGUUAUACCAUGUAUAUCGAUCAUUUGUGUGUAAGUACGUUAUCCUAGCUUAGUAUCUUAAGUGAUCGUGUACACCUUGGUUACCUAUUACGACAAAAAAAAAGGAAAAAAAAAGAAAAAAAAAAAAACGAAAAAAGAAAAAAAAAAUAAUCGUGAAAUACCGUUGGAUCAAUUGAGCCGCACAAUCGUUCAUAAUUCCAUCAUAAAUUUAGGAUUUUAUACGCACAUGAAGGCGAUCCAUAUCCGUUAAGUUAAAUGAUAAUCACGUUAAAAACGAACAAUUAUUCACGCACAGUACAUUCAACGUAAAUUACGUUAACAUUUGUGCAAAUACUAUAAUAAAACUUUUGUAACAUAUUUACAUAAUCACGGUGACUCGUGUAUACGUAUAAGCAAUAGCUUUUCAAUGGUUUUUUUUUCUUUUUUUUUCUCUUUUUUUUUUUUCUUUUUUUUUUUUUUUUUUGAUUUUUUUUUUCUAUCGAAUUUUCCCAUCGAGAAUAUAAUGAAAUUAAAGAUUAGCUCAAUUGACGCAACGCGACGACGGUUCAUUAUCAUAUAUUUUUUAAUCUCAUAUGAUCAAGUAGGAUUUUUAAAGCAUUUUGUAAUAACGUUAAGACAGAUAGAAUAACGAUCUCGUUAUAAACGAUAAAUGUACAGAAUUCAUUCACCAACGUCGUGGCACAUUUUACUCCUUGACAUAAUUGAAGAGAAAGAGAGAGAGAGAGAGAGAGAGAGAGAGAGAGAGAGAGAGAGAGAGAGAGAGAGAGAGAGAGAGAGAGAGAGAGAGCAUUUAGUUUCAUUUAGAUUUUCGCGUAAGUUUUGAAUGAAUCCAAUUGCAAAAAUACGUAUCUACGUCAGGACGAUACAUUCCAAAUGCGAACAGAAGAUCGAAGCGAAGUACUCUUUUGUUUGUCGUUUUGUUUUUUAUCUUUUGUAUUUUUUUUAUUAUUAUUAUUAUUUUUUUUUUUUUUUUUUUUUUUUUUUUUUUUUUAUA